AUGUCAACAGAAGGUAACAAUGUGGAGGAAACUCUUUCUUGUGGUUCUGCACCGAGUUCCAACCCCGGUUCACCUAGGAAUCGGGUGAAAUUCUUGUGUAGCCAUGGAGGGAAGAUUCUUCCCAGGCCGACCGACGGCCACCUGAAGUACGUUGGUGGCGAGACCCGUGUCAUUUCCGUGCCUAGAGACAUUGCUUUCCAAGAACUUAUGAAGAAGCUCACAUCCCUGAUUGAUGGAGAAAUGAUCCUCAAGUAUCAGCUGGUGCCUGAGGAACUCGAUGCCCUGGUCUCCGUAAAAUCUGAUGAAGAUCUACGCCACAUGUUCAACGAGUGUGAUCGCCAUGGAAGUGCAAAAUUCCCAAGUGUUCGAGCCUUCCUGUUCCCUGCAGCUCCUGUUGUAAUGGAGAACCAGAUAGGCACUAUGGAACCCCAUGCCCUCGAGCAACGGUAUAUUGAUGCCAUCAAUGGCAUAAUUAGGACAACAUCAGCUGGCAUAAAACAACAUCGAACCAUCAACAUUACACAGAACGGUUCCUUUGUUUCCUCGGCAUGCUCGUCCCCGAGAUCACCAGAGAACUACACUGCAGAAACAAUAAACAAUGAAACAAUGAUUUUUAGCAAUAACCAUAAUGGCAGAAGCCAUCUGCACAAAGUAAGAAGCUCACCUAAUAUAUGUAGCUUAAAUGUUCAACAUAACAGCAAUUACUGUAACUAUAGACAACCUCACCACCCUUGCUACCAAUAUCCUAAACUACCAGUCGAUCUCAGCAGAAAUGUCGUACCUGAAAGGUUCAUUUCAGUCAGGUCUAUAGGCCGGGCUGAGGGAGUAAGGUGCCAAACAGAUCAAGCUCCUCAGUACUUCUACUCCGCUUCGAGGCAGAGACGAGGGAGCGGGUGUUGCACCAAAUGCAAGCAUUAUGAAGAGUGCAAUCCUUGUUCAGACAGAAGAGGGAGUCCUGCCACGAGCCCUCUUUUCUUGAGCCCCCGGCAUGGCGCCAGUGGGACGAAGGCAUGGGAUAGCAUAAUAGCUGGAGACAGUUGA